CUAGGCAAACUCUCAUUUUCCAGCACCUCGAGCGCCAGCCAUGCCAGAAGUGGCGGCUGAGCUUCUCAGCAAGGAGCUCAUUGAACGGGCGGCAGCGGGUCGGCACCAGGAUGUUGAUCGGCUCCUGAAAGAUGGUGCAGACAAGGAUUGGGGAGAUCACAAUGGCUACACUGCCCUUUCGGAAGCGGCCAUGGCCGGCCACACGGUGGUCGUUGGACAGUUGCUACGGGCAGAUGCAGAUCCCAACCUGCAGGCGGCUGAUGGCCGGAGUGCCUUGCACCGUGCAGCCUUCCAUGGGUGGAUCCCCAUCGUGCGCUUGUUGCUGCAGCAUGGUGCUGAUCCGGAGCUGGGAGACGUCGAUGGCCGACGGCCGAUGGAGAUGACAAAGAAGGAAUCGGUGCUUGAGGUGCUCGGAGCCGGUGCUGAAGAGCACAAGGAGAUCAUCGAACAGAAGCGAAAAGAACGAGCUGAAAAUCCCAGAGAGCCAAAGAAGGAGAGCGUCGAAAUUCAGUAUCCUCCAAAGAGAAAUGGACCAGUCACAAGACGAUUGGUCCCAGAAAAGAAUGGCUCAGAUCAGGUGAAGCCAGAAGAGAAGGAUGAGAAGUUCUUGGAACUUCAUUCCUCCUUGGACAUCGUUACACGCCCAGAUGACUUUGCCAACGGCCGAGGUGACCGGGCUGGUUAUCGCGAAGAACCAGGGGUUCGCUUGCAACAAGGCAGCCUCAUUGUCGAAACCUCCGAUGGGCUUUUCGCCAGUGAUGAGGUGGACCAAAAGUCAGGACCCAGCCCUGAAGAACAAGCUGAAGCCUGGCUUCAAGACGUUGGCGAUCUUUUUGUGGCACCCAACCUGGAGGCCGUGAUGAAAGCCAAAUCUGAGGCACAGGAGUCCUUCAACGCCGGCCAUGUGAGCAAUGCCCGGAAGGUCACUAGUGCCGCCAUCCGGACCUGUGCCAUGAUGCUGGCAGAGGAUGACCUAUCGGCUCUGGAGCACAAAGCAUCAAGUCCACUCGCAGACCUGAAGAAUUUGUUUGGCGUACUGCACUCCAAUCGCAGCCUGCUGCUGACACAUCAGAUCCAGGCAAAUGACGAGGAAGUUUUAAAGUUUGGUACCCAUGCGGCUUGGACAUUGGUUGUGAAGGAUACCGACACAGCUUUACGCCAAAACCCUUCAAACUUCAAGGCCAGCUUCCGACGGGCCAAAGCCCUCUUCGAGCUGGGUGACUUGGAGCAGGCGAUGGCCGACGUGACGAAAGUGGUGGACCAUUACGCUCGGAACACUCAAGUCUCCAACCCGGAAGCGGUGGCGCUGCGCGCGGCGAUUCAGCUUGAGCUCAAAAAGGAACGCGCCAAAUGGGGUGAGAAAGGCGGCCCACGAUGGAACCGGGCCGCAAAAGAGUGUGAGCCACUCAUCUCUGAAGUGGGUCCUGAAUAUGCUGCGUGAAGUGGAGAACUUGGUGAAGCCCCGUCAGCACGGCGGUGGCUUCUGGCUUGCGGCCCUGUCAACUGAGCUCUAGACUGAUGCCUCCCACGUUUUUGCGAUUUUCGCUGCAUGCGGCCGGGGGCAAGAUUCGCCCCCAGGCAGUUUCACUUUGCAAGAAAUCUGCAUGUGCAUCCAGCAUGAGUCGAUCAAACUCACGCAGAAGCAAGAGACCAAGGUGACCAAUCAGCAAAGAUUAAAGGUGUGGAGAGCUGGGAUGUCGG